AUGUUCAUACUUAUACUUAUACUACUUGUCAUACCAUUAUUAAUACUUAUAAAUUAUACUUAUUCAUCAUCAGCAAGAAUGUCAGAUAGAAAGAAGGUUGUUAUUGUUGGAGGUGGACUUGGAGGUAUAUUCCUCGCUCGUCAACUUGAUAAGGAUUUUGAUGUCACUGUCGUCGAAAAGAAGACCGCCUUCUUUUAUAAUGUUGCCGCUUUGAGAUGUAUCGUCGAGCCGGACAUGACCAAACAAUGCUUCCUGUCAUAUGACAAGAUGUUAAAGAAUGGCAAGGUGGUGCAUCAUGCCGCCACGGCAAUCUCGGCACAAAAGGUCGUCAUGGACAAUGGCGACGAGCUCGCAUUUGACUACCUGGUGAUUGCCACCGGCUCCAACAACAUGACCCCGUUCAAGGCGCCCGCUGACUUGUCGCACGCCUACCAAUACUACGUCGACAUCAGAGAAAAGGUCAAGACCGCCACCAAGGUGUUGAUCGUCGGCGGUGGCCCCGUCGGUGUGGAGCUGGCCGGCGAGAUCAAGACCGAGUUCAAGGGCAAGAACGUCACGCUCAUCCAGCGCUCCGACAAGCUGGUCGGCCCACAGAUGGGCAAGAAGUUCGCCGACAAGAUGCACGACAAGCUCAAGGGCAUGGGCAUCAAUGUGAUGCUCAACACCUCGCUCGACGUGCCCGACAACAUCAAGCAGAGUCUGAGUGAGCAGAGCCAGCUGGGCUACAACGUCGAGAUGCGCACCUAUCAGACGAGCAAUGGCGAAGUCGAAGCCGACCUCGUGUUCUGGUGCGUCGGCAACAAGAUCAACAACGAGCUUCUGCAGGAGAACUUUGGUGGCGCGCUGGACGAGCACGGCCACAUCAAGGUCAACGAGCAUUUGCAGGUGGAGGGCCACGACAAUGUGUUUGCCAUCGGAGACAUCACCAACACCAAGGAGCUAAAGACCUACUACAACGCCAAGUAUCACGCCGCGAUCAUUUGCACCAACCUCAAGGCCUGCGAGUCCAAGAAGAAGUUGGCCGUCUACAAGCCCUCUGGUCCACUGAUAUUCGUGUCCGUUGGCAAGAAUGACGGACUGGCGCAGACUGCUGGAGGCACGGUCAUCCCUGGCUUUGUCGUCAAAAUGGUCAAGUCUCGCGGUCUCUUCAUCUCAAUGGUCCAGAGCAGUCUUGGCAAUCCCAAGCCA